AUGGAAUUCUCCACAGCAUAUGGGAGAGGUGAUGAAAUUAGUUGGGGAAGCAUGAAAGGGUUUUCCCUCCAAGUCCUUACAGGGAGGUGGUUCAUGAUGUUUUCUUCAUUUAUGAUCAUGUCAAUGUCAGGAGCAAGCUACAUUUUUAGCCUAUACUCCCAGGAAAUCAAGUUAGUUCUUGGUUAUGACCAAUCCACUCUCAAUCUAUUAAGCUUCUUCAAGGACUUGGGAGACACCACAGGCAUUCAUGCAGGCCUAAUCUAUGAGGUCACACCUCCUUGGUUUAUCUUGACAAUUGGUGGGGUUCUCAACUUUUCUGGGUACUUUGUGAUUUGGCUUGUUGUCACCAGCAAAAUUGCAAAGCCCCAAGUGUGGCAGAUGGGCUUGUACCUCUUCAUUGGAGCCAAUUCUCAUUGUGCAACCAACACUGGAAUUCUUGUGACCAGUGUAAAGAACUUCCCUGGUAGCAGAGGCAUUGUCUUAGGCCUUUUGAAUGGGUAUAUAGGUUUAAGUGCAGUAAUAAUUACUCAGCUAUACUAUGCCUUCUAUGGAAAUGACUCCAAAUUCUUCAUUUUGCUCAUGGCAUGGCUACCAACUGCUACAGAUUUUUUGUUCCUUCCAGUUAUCCGAAACCAUCAGAGUAUUCAACAGCCAAAUGACACCAAAGCUUUCUACAAGUUCCUCUAUUUGACAUUUGUCCUUGCAGGGUUCCUCAUGUAUGUAAUUGUAGUACAACAAAUUUUCACUUUCUCUCAGAGUGAAUAUUAUGUUACUACCACUGUGAUUCUUCUUUUGCUCAUCCUUCCACUUGCUGUUGUUAUUGUGGAAGAACACAAGAUUUGGAAGAGUAAGCAAGAAAACAUCAAUAGGGAAGGUAGUCAAAAGCUGUUGGCAAAAUCUCAAAAUACAGCUACAGAAAAUCCUUCUCAAGAAAAGUCUUCCCAGGCUCCCCAUACAGGACAAUUUGUCCAAGAAAAAGUCUCCUGUUGGGAAAACAUAUUCAGCCCACCAGAAAGAGGUGAAGAUCAUACAAUACUUCAAGCCACUUUUAGCCUUGACAUGGUGCUUCUCUUGUUAACUUCUAUAUGUUCACUUGGUAGCUACCAGACCAUGGUAAACAACUUGAGUCAAAUUGGAAUUUCAUUAGGAUAUCCUGCACAUGCCAUAACCACAGUUGUCUCUCUUACGUCCAUUUGGAUCUAUUUCGGUAAGGUCGUUCAAGGGGUUAUCUCAGAAUUUAUCAUUGACAAACAUAGAGUCCCUAGGCCUCUCAUGCUCACAUCAUUGCUUUUAUUAUCUUGUGUUGGCCAUCUUUUAAUUGCCUUCAAUGUCCCAAAUGGUCUCUAUGUAGCCUCAAUUGUUAUUGGGUUCUGCUUAGGGGCUAACUGGCCAUUACUCCAUUCCAUUAUAUCUGAACUUUUUGGCCUCAAACAUUAUUCAACAUUAUACAAUGUUGGAUCACUAGCAAGUCCAAUUGGGUCAUACUUGCUCAAUGUGGGGGUUGCAGGGUAUCUCUAUGACAGGGAAGCCAGAAGCCAAAUGGAAGCUAUGGGACAAAAGACAAGCCCAGGAGAGGAGCUGAACUGCAAAGGGGAGGACUGCUACAAGUUAGCAUUCAUUUUAAUGACUGCAGUUUGCUUGUUUGGGGCACUUCUGUCACUCAUUUUAGUCUUUAGGACUGUACAAUUCUACAAAAGUGACCUAUACAAGAAAUUCAAAGAAGCUAAAACUGAUGAAACUGAAACGGGUGAGUCUUACAACAGCAUUGGAUCAUCAUCAGCUGCAAAUGAAGACUAG